UAACCGAUCCGCGAAGAAGUCGUAUAUUUUUGUUACUGACCAUUAUCAUCGAUUUAGCAAUGAUCCAUUGCUUAUAGGCAGAUUGAUAUUCACUUCCCACAUGACACAUUUGUCCAAUUCGUGCAGUCCCAGCAGUCGGUAAUUGAACGAACUUUUAGUUGGUCAGUCGGUGGCUAUCAGUGAAGGUGUCUUAUUAACGAAACGCACGCUUCGAACCAGGUGUACCUGUAUUCAUAUAUCGGUUUACUUAUACUGCGAGUACCUUAAAACAAUGAAUCGAUUAUUAAUAAAAAUCUUGUGUUUUGGCUUGAUUGGCCUUGAGAUUGUGAAUGCUGGUCCCGCCAACAACGAGGAUACGUACCUGCAAGCCUUUCAAAACUCCCACCAACCAUCUGAUCUGUAUGGACCUCCUCCAGGAUAUAACUAUGAACCGCAGAUUCAGCAACCCCAACAGGAGUACGGUCCACCACAGCCGGUGUACGGACCUCCUCAGCCAGAGUAUGGUCCUCCACCUCACGCAGAAUACGGUCCGCCACCGCAAACAGAAUACGUCAACCAUCCUCCGUCAGUGAUCUACCAUGAGUAUCCUAAACCCCAGUCCAUACCCUACAACCAUCACCAAGUCUCACUACCCGAAUGGUUGUUGGGAAAACUAAAGCUCAAGUUGAAUAUUUUCACCCUCGGAAAGAUCCUGUUGAAGCUAAUUAUCUUCAAGAAGAUCGUCAAAUUCAUCGGAGUCAUUUGUUUGCUGUUGUUCCUCCCGAAAUUAGGAGCUCUCUUCAAGAUGGACGAACCUGCUGAUAGUGGUGAUGCUGGAGAUAGCGGCGAUGCAUCAAUUGAGAUGAGGGAAUUCCGUACCGACAGGGAUUACUUUAAUGAGCGUUUGGAAGAUGCAGCUAGACAAGUCCUGAAAUCUCUUGAAGACUUUACAAAACGAUACGGAAACCAAGAAAGCAGAAGAUAGAUGCAUUGUUGUUUUAGUGAAAAACUAAAAAAAAACGAGUUCCCUGUUUAAGUUUAAAACUAAAAUUAUUUAUUUAAAAUAAUUAUUUAUUUAGAUUACUAUUAUUUGUUAGUUUUAUAACUUCAACAUUUUUGUUUCAACUUAUAAGACAAAAUACAAAACUAUUUAAUUGCAGCGUGUAAA